AUGCACUUUACCACUGCUUUACUAUCCAUACUUGCCAUCUUAGUCUCCGCAAAAUGGUACGACCGGGAUGCAAAAGACAGCAUUAUGCAAGAGCUAGGCGCGAACCUAUCGCCCCACGCAGAGAUGAUACUAGAAAGCGACGACAUGCUUGCCAACAAGACGAAGCCAUGGCAAGCGUGGGCGGCGCCGCAGUUCCGCGCGGUUGAGUAUCACGAUAUCGUGGAGACGGAAAGAGGUUUCUGGACCCGCGGAAUGCAAACCGUGACCGGCGCUGGCGAGUGCGUAGGCCUCACUGCCAUCGCGCUGGGCGGCGGCCACGGCUCCCUGCUAGGCUACUAG